GAUGGCUGCGAGCAAGGACGGCGGCUCGUCGACGCUAGCGUUUCAGGCUAGGGUCCAAAGUGGAAAGGCCGGUUUCGAAGCAUCCAGCCGGGCCUCGAUGGGUUCCUUGGAUGGACUUGGGGUUGAACGCUUCUUGGGGCAUGACAGACAGUACGUACUCUUUGCACCUUCAAUCAACUGCUGGACCUUCAUUCACGGAAUCCAUUCCUCAUCCACCUGCUGGCGUGGGGUCCCGAGUAGAAUCAACUUAUUGUGUGGCUCGUCCGGGCUGGACGGUCCUGAAACGGCAGCAGCGAUCGCAGAGAUUCGCCAGGAAGGAGCAAGAGAGAUAAAAAUAGCCCGCCCCGGCCGGCCGCUCGCAUUCAGCCCUUCCUCUUUCCCUCUGCACACACAUUCACACAUAGACACGCAUAUACACCUCUCCGUCUCAACCAUCUGCAAAACGAACACGGCAGAGCUACAGGACGGCACUAUAUACCGUAUAGGACAUCUUUGCUACCGCGGGCGCAGCCACGAGUCGCAUUGUACCUGUUUGUCGGGGAAAAGAGGGGCGGAUUGGGUUACUUGGUUGCUUAGUACCGUCCAAUCCCUCCAUUGA